UUGUAUCAAUUGUUUAUAAAAUCCAAAGUAAAAAUGUUAAUCUGCAGAUUAUGCCUUACAAAGACCAAUGAUUUUAAGCAUCUGUGUGAUGAAAAUGGAGAGGAUAGCGAAAUAUACCAUAUUACUGUCAAAUAUUUUGAUCCUAUGAUGGAAGAACUUGUGCCAAGACUGCCCGUAGACAAGGAGUCUGUUGAGUUUCAUAAUUGGAAAAUUUCUUAUGAGAAGUCGCAUAUACUGAAGAGUAUAUGCCAAAAAGGUCAAGAUGACAAAUGUAAAGAAGACAAUGAUGAAUUUUGCGAAUUAUGCACCUAUCGUCAUGCCUUGGAAUUACCCCACUUGCCAGACAUGGUGUUUCGUAAGAACAAAUUAACCUUGCAACAUCCCAAUGGUGCUGUAUUGGAAUUUUUACCGAUGGACGCAUUGCGUUCAGUUGAAAAUGGCAAGCAACCUCUUCAAGUAGCCUGCGCACAAGAGUGGAAGGAGAGCAGGCCAGAAACGCUAGUGGAAGAAAAAUUUAAACCUUUCGAUUGGACAUUUACUACCGAAUAUCAAGGUACGGUAAAUAAAAUGUUUCGUAUCGAGAAAUGUGAGCAAAAAUUAAACAAAUUUAAACUAAUGCAACGUGAGAAAAUACUUUUUUAUCAUGACUUAACGUUGUUUGAAGAUGAGCUUCACGAUAACGGCAUUUCAUCAUGUUCUGUAAAAAUACGUGUUAUGCCGUCGGGGUUUUUUAUUCUCUUAAGACACUUUCUUCGUGUAGAUAACGUGCUGCUGAAAAUGCACGACACUAGAUUUCAUUAUGAAAUUGAAAAUGAUUAUGUAUUUAAGGAGUACACAAAACGUGAAGCAACCUAUGAUGAAUUGAAAAAGGUUCCUCCUCCAUUGUUUACAUUACCGAACGAAAUAGAACAGUAUAUGCCGAUUAAAGAACAGAUGGCUUAUAAGCUCUUUUUCAAAUAAAUAAUCAAAUAAAGACCAAUAUCAAGUAAAUAAAAUGAUAUUAAAAACGAAAUGUUUUUAAUGGGUGCACAAAAUAAGAGUUAAUGUGUUUAAAAAUAAGUCAAUAUCUUAUAGUCGGACGAGCACGACUAUUAAAUAAUCAACACUAUCAUAUAAGUCAUGAAAUAUCAAAAAUUAGAUUUUGUUGCCAUAUAAUUGAGACUACUUUUUUUCCAUAAUAAUUCUUAUAUGAAAAAUAUUCGGAAAUGUAGACCAUUACUCUAGAUUAAUUCUCAUCAUGAAGUGUGUAUAAUUAGCCCUUCAUGCCAUAUAAAAGCGAAAAUGUUUAAAUGCUAUUUUCACUUGUUUAGUUUUAAAUGGUAUAAUUAAAAAAAAAUAUAUAUUUAACGUAGUUCUGCGUGCUGCCUACAUUCAUACUUGACAUGCCAUGUACUACAAGUUCUAUAUAGUGUGAAGGCUGUACGAGGAAAGUGUAUGUGGAAGUUGUGCAAACGGAAGAAGCAUUAAAGUCCCUUUCAGGACAAGUGUAAGGACGAUAUCAAUGGUUUAUUGCACGGCAUGGUCAUUUCGAAGAAAAUGUUAGAAUCUAUAACGAUGCACGCCAAAGUCCUUAAUAAAUG